AUGCCAGAUCCAGACCCUGAGUUCGCUGCAUGGACGCUGUUUUUCGAUGAAGCUUUUCGCCGCCGUUCGAGACAACACGGUGCAGGUGCAGGAGCUGGUGCCACACUAUUUCAAGGCACAGUGAACAAGUGGAAUGUUGCUUGUUUCCUGCCCAGUUCAACGCACACCAAUAAUACUGCUGAGUAUAUGGCUCUUAUUGAAGGUCUCAGUGGGGCUCUACAUCAUGGUGUGAUUAGUCUCACGGUCAAGGGUGACAGUGCAUUGAUUCUGGAGCAUGUGCGUGGACGGUACUCCUGCAACAACGAUCGACUACGGCGUUUGCGCAACAAGGCUCGUCGACUUCUCCACCGCUUUGACCACUACGAGUUGAUUCACGUUGACAGGAUGGAGAACCAGGCUGCAGACAUAUUGGCGAACCGGGCUCUGGACAGUCAACGGACCAAGACGGAAUGCUUUGCCCAUGGCAUCGAUGGCGUCGGUUGCAGCACCCAUGCUAUCGCCACUGGGCCCGCGAUUGCAGCUGGUACCUCCAGAAGACCUACUGUUUCGGCUACUGGACCAGUGGAUAUGGACAUUUUGAGUGGAGAUGAAGCUGGUGAAGACAAUCUGGAAGAUGACGAUGCUGCUGCUGAUGUCAUCCGCCGAGACAGAGGCCGGACGUUUCCAGUUCUUCCAGUUACUGCUGAUAGCGUUCCAUCCCGCCAUUCCAGAUUGAAGUUGCGAUCCAAGUUGAGUGAAGAUGAGCUUGAAGCAGCUCGACUGGAGGUGAAGCAGGUUGCUGAUGAAUUUGCGGACAAGCUCACAGAUGCCGACGAUUGGGAAACAGCGGAAGUGUACCUCGCAGCGCUGACUCCGUCAUUAUACGCUGCUCUUUUGCCAUUUUCGCAGCGACCACGACCUCCAGGUCAUCCACGGCGGCAAGAGUUGAGUUCAGGUCGCCAGCGAGGACGUCAAAGACCACCUCCAACACCUGGCAACCAGCAACUGAACGAAGCUCUGGACCAUUUGGACAACAUUCAGCAUGGAUCUCAGCCAUCCCAGCCUGCUAUUCGGAAGGCGCGACGACGUGCGGGACGAAUUCGGUCAGCCAUGAAGCGCACUCUGUUGCGGAAGAAGUUUCGGGUUCAUGAGAAGGCGUGCAUGCAGCAAGUUCUGUCGGAAGCGUCACCGGAUCCCGAAUUCACUGGUGGAGAAGCUGCUCCCACGCGCUGUCCGAUUGCAAGAGCAGCUGUUCAUGACUACUUCCAGGGUGUUAACACUCCUCAGCGUGAUUUUAAUUUCGAUGACAGGGCUGGUGCUACAUUUCGAAAUCUUCUGUCUGCUCUUCCGCCAGCCUCUGCAGCUAUGGAUGCUCUUACGAUGGACAUCACGCCAGAUGAUGUGGAGGUUGCUGUUCACAAAUCCCAUGCACACUCCAGCCCGGUGCCAGCGUCUCGUUUGUGGAUCGUCUCAAGAAUAUCUACGAUGAAGCGCAAGUCGGGGGAUAUUGGUUCGUUAUGGGUGGAUGUCAAGAAUCAUCUUGCGACCCGUGGAUUGAAGUUGACGACGGAAACAGUGCUCACGGAAGCUGGAACUGAGGUGGAAAUGAUGUUGCAGCUCAAGUUACCACAUCGAUCGCAACCACUACAGCACAGCGACAUCACCAGGCAGCUUCGCCAUCAUUUCAAACUGACGGAGCUUGAGCGGUGGAAAGGAUUGAGUACCCAGAGUUCCGUUGUGCGAGCUAUUGGUGGAGUUGGAAGCUGUUUUCUUUCUCGUGGUGGUGGAAUGAGCGACGCAGAAUUUCGUUUUGCUUUGCAGGCUCGGGUUGAUUUGGUACCCACUCGAUCGGUUCUUCGACGUUGGAAUGAGCUUGGGGGUGCAACCUGUCGCCACCCCAGAUGCCAUCACGAUGAAACGCUCCCACAUGUUCUUCAGCACUGCCCAGGCAAUUCUCGGGCCAUUGAUGGUCGUCACGACCGUGUUCUUGGGAUAAUCAAGAAAGCGGUGGAGCCCAUUGUUUCCAAGUCCUCCAGUCGUCUGACGGCUUGCUUUGACACAUACGUGGAGGGUCUACCGGGUCGUCAACUGCGUCCAGAUAUCCAUAUUUUUGAUGCGGCUUCGAGGACCGCCUACAUUUGUGAUCUCGCUAUUGCGUUUGAAGCUCAGAAGACGGACGACCCUGCUACAGGCAACAUGCGCGUUCGUAACGCCGAGAAGUUGGUCAAGUACCAGCGUGCAAAGGAGUUUCUGGAGACGAUGGGAUGGCGCGUUCAAGUUUCAGCUUUGGUGUACGGAUCGUUGGGAUCAGUGUUGCCCUCCAACUACAAGGUGUCGACGGAGCAGCUACGUCUGACCAAGAGGCAUGCCAAUCAACUCAAUCGUCGGAUUUCGGUGGCACGUGUUCAGGAAAGCUACAAGAUAUGGAGGUUCCAUUCGGGAAAGUUGAAUUCAGGAGAUACGUCAAGAAACUCGAGGCCAACUGUGGCUCCCACUGCUACAUCACCCUCGCCGAGCACCAGAACCAAUGACCCAUGUGCGCGACCUGUGUAG